AUGUCCGACAUCGAUAUCUCUAAGCGCCUCGUUGCCGGCGACAAGGAUAAUCUCCUUCAAAUCCUCCAGACGGUCGUCGAUGCGGAUGCAAAGACCCGUGAGCUAGUCACCAAGCUCGCGGACCACCUUCACAUCCCCAACGUCUUCAGUUCGCGCCGCGCUACGCGCAACACCGUCCGCGCCUCAUCGGAGGCUUCGCACGACUCCGGCAUUUCGGUUCACCACAUGCUCGGCGACGUCCUUUCGCAGCCUGAGCGUGCCCUUCGUGUCUGCAAGCAGUGCCGCAAGGUCUACGACGAGAACGACGAGGACAAGAAAUGCGGAUCUCAUCAUCCUGGCGAAUGGCUUAUAGAGGUAGAGACAGAGGAUAAGAUCGGCUUUCACCAUGCCAGUAAGGCCAGCGACGACAUCAAGGACAACGUCAACUUGAUGUGGGUGAUGUCCUGCUGUAGCGAGGAGAAGGGCAAGCUCAGCACUGGCUGCACAGUUGUCAACCACGUCGCCAUGAAGGCCGGUGACGACUCGGGCUCCAGCUCCGCCUGA